AUGGAAGACAGCCAGCGCAUUUCUGAGAAGCCUGGCAGGGGCAGGGGCUGCGGUGGUUCCAGCAGCCAGCAACCCCAGGCUCCCCGUCUCCUACCUCAGGCUCCAGCAGCCAGCAACCCCAGGCUCCCCGUCUCCUACCCCAGGCUCCCCAUCUCCUACCCUAGGCUCCCCAUCUCCUACCCUAGGCUCCCCAUCUCCUACCCCAGGCUCCCCAUCUCCUACCCCAGGCUCCCCAUCUCCUACCCGAGGCUCCUCAUCUCCUACCCCAGGCACCUCAUCUCCUACCCCAGGCACCUCAUCUCCUACCCCAGGCUCCAGCAGCCAGCAACCCCAGGCUCCCCGUCUCCUACCCCAGGCUCCUCAUCUCCUACCCCAGGCUCCUCGUCUCCUACCCCAGGCUCCUCGUCUCCUACCCCAGGCUCCCCAUCUCCUACCCCAGGCUCCCCGUCUCCUACCCCAGGCUCCCCGUCUACUACCCCAGGCACCUCAUCUCCUACCCCAGGCACCCCAUCUCCUACCCCAGGCUCCCCGUCUCCUACCCCAGGCUCCCCGUUUCCUACCCCAGGCACCUCAUCUCCUACCCCAGGCUCCCCGUCUCCUACCCCAGGCACCUCAUCUCCUACCCCAGGCUCCCCGUCUCCUACCCCAAGCACCUCAUCUCCUACCCCAGGCUCCCUGUCUCCUACCCCAGGCACCUCAUCUCCUACCCCAGGCUCCCCGUCUCCUACCCCAGGCUCCCGUCCUCCAUCCUCUUGCAUGAAAUCUCUGCCUAAAACUACUGUGGUGGGUUAG